ACCGCAUUGGUCGAAGCACAGCGAGCGCUCCACGUGACGCGCCUGAGGCUGGGUUCGAGGCCUAGUCGCGGCUGGCGGGACCUGGGGGCGGGGCGCCGAGCUCAGAGGGAGAACCGAGGGUUUCGCGGCUGCGGCAAAGGGCGCCAGGACCCAGUUCCGGAGUUUGCCAGGCGGGUUCUCGGAAGCACGCCCGGCUUGGCCUUUGGCAGUUCAUCACACUGUUCACCCAGAGCGGCUCGCUGCUUACUCUGCAGCUAAGUAUAGUCCAAGCAGUGGCUUGGUUCCUUCAGCAACCCAGGACUGACCUGACCCUCCGCCCGUGCCAGGUACCUCUGAAGAGAUCUGAAGCGGCAUGGAUCUGCCUGUGGAAGAGUGGAGAUCAUACGUACUUCACAAGUGGUCCUUGCUUCCAGCCUCCACUCGGAUCACGAUUUCUACAGCGGAGACUUUGAGUGAUCUCUUUCUUCACUCCUCUUCCCAUCUUCAACCUGAAGAUGAGAUAUUUCUAAAUACACUUUCUAGAGGUUACUUGGUGGGAAAGGACCCCGAUGCUGCCCUUUUCUACAGAGAAGAAGGAAACAAAAAGUUUCAAGAGAAGGAUUAUGAAGGAGCUGCAGUGCUGUACUCUAAGGGGAUAUCUCACUCAAGGCCUGCCACGGAGAUUUCACUGUGUUAUGCUAACCGCUCUGCAGCCCUCUUCCACCUGGGUCAGUAUGAGGCAUGUCUUAAUGACAUCCUCAGAGCACAGACACACGGGUACCCAGAAAGACUGCGGCCCAAGGUGAUGCUGCGCAAGGCGGAGUGCCUGGUGACUCUGGGGAGGCUGCCGGAAGCGAGCCAGGCCAUCGAAGAUAUCGAACGUCAUUUUGCCACCACACCAGCCCCAGCAGCUCCCCCCUUUCAAAUUCUGCAGGAAAACCUCCAUCGUCUAAAGAUGAAGGUACAAGAGAAGAAGAUUCUCACAAAAACCUCCCCAGCAGCUCUAGCCAAAGCCUCUAAUGGUCACGACCUGAGGGAAGAGAAUGAACAGAUUUCCAGCGCGUCACCCUCUGUCGGCUUACGCACACACCCUUUAAAAGGCCGCCAUCUAAUUGCCACAAAAGAUAUCCUCCCAGGGGAGCUCCUGGUGAAGGAGGACGCUUUCGUGAGUGUCCUUAACCCAGGAGACAUGCCACCACUACGUCACAGCCUGGAGAACAAGUGGGAUACCAGAGUUACCAAUGGGGACCUCUACUGUCACCGAUGUCUCAAGCACACUUUGGCCACCGUCCCCUGCGAUGGAUGCAGCUACGCCAAGUACUGCAGCCAUGCGUGUACGCAGCAGGCCUGGGAGCUCUACCACAGCACCGAGUGCUCCCUGGGCGGUCUGCUCCUUGCCCUGGGUGUCUUUUGCCACGUUGCUCUGAGGGCGACUCUUAUAGCCAGAUUCGAGGAUGGUGGCAGAGUCCUAAGGAAGCUCUGUGAUGAGGGUAGUGACAAGGACAUCUGUUUACCUGAAAACAAGAAUCUGGUCAAGACACUUAGUUAUUGUCUAGGGGAGGAUGAGGAAAAUAGCAAAUCGGUCGAGACUCUAAUUCCUGGAUGUGAUAUUGAUGGGAAAUAUCAAAACAAUUAUAAUACUGUCUUGAGCCUCUUGCCUCAUACUGAAAACCAUAGCCCAGAGCACAAAUUCUUGUGUGCUCUGAGUGCUUCUGCCCUGUGCAGGCAGCUGGAGGCAGCCGGCUUACAGGCCCUCACAGCGGGUGGGAAACCCUCCCCGCGGGAGGCAGCAGAGGCUCCUGAGCUGUGUCUAGAUGUGAAUGUCUGGGGAGUGGCCGUGCUGCGACACAUGCUGCAGCUGCAGUGCAACGCCCAGGCCAUAACGACCCUGCAGCAGACAGGGUCUAAAGGAAACAUUGUCACUGACAGCAGGCAGGUACGCCUUGCCACAGGCAUCUUCCCUGUCGUCAGCCUCCUGAAUCACUCCUGCAGCCCCAACACCAGUGUGUCCUUCAGGAGCACCGUGGCCACCGUUCGCGCAUCCCAGCGGAUUGGAAAAGGGGCAGAGAUCCUCCACUGCUAUGGGCCUCACGAGAGCCGCAUGGGUGUUGCUGAAAGACGACGGAAGCUGAGGUCUCAGUAUUUCUUUGACUGCCACUGUCCAGCUUGCGAAGCAGAGCAGCACGGGACGGCUGCAAGGCCCAGGUGGGAAGCGUUCCGUUGUCACAGCUGCAGAGCGCUCAUGCAGGGAGACGACAUGCUGAGCUGUGGCAGCAGGUCCUGUACAGAACGUACCAGCAGGGAUCACCUCGUCUCUCGCCUGCAAGGCCUUCAGCGGCAGGUUGGGGUGGCCCGGAAACUUCUCAGAAAUGGUAAACUAGAGCAAGCUAUUCAACAGUUAUUGGGGUGCCAGCAGGAUGCCGAGGACUUCCUGUCACCAGAACACACCGUGGUAGGAGAAAUCGAGGACGACCUGGCCCAGGCCUACGCUGCCCUAGGGGAGUGGCAAAAGUCAGCUACCCACCUCCAGAAAAGUCUCCGAGUGGUCGAGGUUCGCCAUGGGCCGUCCAGUGUUGAGAUAGGCCACGAGCUCUUCAAACUGGCUCAGAUCUUUUUCAAUGGGUGUGCAGUACCCGAAGCUCUGAACACAAUACAAAGGGCAGAAGAGGUCCUGCUGGUGCACUGCGGCCCUUGGAAUGAUGAGAUCCAGGAGCUCCGAAAAAUGAAAUCCUGUUUAUUGGACUUGUUGCCCAGCCCUGGGGGGCCUUCAGCAUAGGGUUCUGAGGGGACAUUGACUUCUGGGAAAAGAACCCAUGGAAGAUGAGUUAAAGAGGUUCUUUUGCGGACCAGCAGACAGCACAAAGGUAAAGACAUUGGUUCCGACGUGACUGACAGCACAGAUCAAGUCCUAGAUCUGGAAGCUUAAAAAUCAUACUGGGCACGUUUUUGUGCUUGCCUGAGGAGACUGGA